UAGCACUGUUUAUUGUUUGUUGCCUUGCUGAUUUGCUCCAUGAGAAAGGCCUUGCUCUCUUGAAUUUGUGAAAGAAUAUGGGCAAUAUGCCCCUCUUUGUUUUCUUCAAGGACAUAAGAAAUGUUUUCAAAGCGGAUGAGCUAGGCCUGGAAAUAGUGCAUAUAGCCCUUCCUACACUGUUGGCGUUAUUGGCAGACCCUGUUGCUUCUCUAGUUGAUACAGCAUUCGUUGGCCAUAUAGGUCCAGUGGAGCUCGCGGCUGUUGGAAUUUCUAUUGCUGUUUUCAAUCAAGUAUCAAAGAUAGCAAUUUUUCCUCUUGUCAGUAUUACAACCUCUUUUGUUGCUGAAGAAGAUGCUACUGAAGAACUGAGGGCAAAUGAACAAGUUCAUGAAAACGUUGAAAAUGGUACUCCCAUUAGCAUGGAAAUGGAGAUGGAAGAACUCGUACCACUAGUUGGAAAGUCAUCAUCUACGGAAAUGGUCAAACUUGAGCAUGUCCGAAGGCAUAUUCCAUCUGCAUCAUCAGCAUUGGUGGUUGGCAGUGUACUUGGGUUUAUUCAAGCUGUAUUCCUAAUUUUUGCUGCAAAGCCUAUCCUCAAUUACAUGGGUGUUGAUUCUAAUUCUCCUAUGCUAAAACCAGCAAGACAAUACUUAACAUUGAGGUCACUUGGUGCUCCGGCUGUUCUUCUCUCUUUGGCUGUGCAAGGGGUUUUUCGUGGUUUUAAAGAUACAAAAACUCCUUUAUAUGCUACAAUUGUGGGAGAUGUAGCAAACAUCAUUUUGGACCCAAUAUUAAUGUUCGUAUUCCAUAUGGGUGUUAGAGGUGCGGCCAUUGCCCAUGUUAUUUCUCAGUACUUAAUCUCCCUGAUAUUGAUAUGGAAAUUAAACAAGCAAGUUGAUCUCCUAACCUCAGGUGUCAAAGAUCUACGAUUUGGCCAGUUUCUGAAAAAUGGGUUUUUGUUAUUGGUGAGGGUGAUAGCUGCAACAUUCUGUGUUACUCUGGCAGCAGCAUUAGCUGCAAGGCAGGGACCAACGACAAUGGCUGCAUUCCAAGUUUGCUUGCAGAUCUGGUUGGCAGCCUCUUUGCUUGCUGACGGCUUGGCUGUGGCUGGACAAGCAAUCCUUGCAAGCGCCUUUGCAAGGAAAGAUUACAGCAAGGCUGUCGCCACAGCUUCACGUGUAUUGCAGUUGGCUUUGGUUCUAGGGCUAAUGCUCUCGAUCAUCCUCACAGUUGUAUUACAGUUUGGCUCCAGAAUAUUUACAAAAGACAUCAACGUUUUGCAGCUUAUAAGUUUAGGCAUCCCGUUUGUUUCAGUGACUCAACCUAUUAAUGCUUUAGCAUUUGUUUUUGAUGGAGUCAAUUAUGGAGCGUCAGAUUUUGCAUAUUCUGCAUACUCAAUGGUUUUGGUGGCUUUAGUGAGCAUAUUGUGCCUAUUUCUAUUAUCAAGCCACGGCUUUGUUGGUAUCUGGGUUGCUUUAUCUGUCUUUAUGAGUUUGCGCGCACUGGUUGGAUUUUGGAGGAUAGGAACGGGAACGGGACCGUGGAGCUUUCUUAGGGAGUAAAUUCUGAAUAAUAUGUUUCUGCAUAUAUUCCUUCUCUUCCAAACAUUAUUUAUUGUCGAGCAUGUCUUACAAGCUCACCAGAAGGGCAAAGAGGAAACUCUUAUGAGGGGAUGAUAUUACUGAUCUGCCAUCACCAUUUCUUGUUUGGGGAUGAUUGAGAUAACCACACAUAUGUAAUGAAAAACAAGAGAGCACCAUUCUUUUA